AUGCCUCGAGAGCCGCCUCCAUGGAGAGGUGCGCGCACCAUUAUUAAAGGGAAGAAGGCCGCUCUCAUGAGUGAAGAGGGCAUUUUCAUCGCAAAGACUGUCGGAAAUCGUUAUGGUGGAGGUUACUUUGAUGACAACCGGCAAUUAAAAGGCGAAUGGAUCACAACCAGCGUCCUGAACCGCGGAACUCUCAUUUGGGAUGGAGACCGUUUUCAUCAUCUCGAUCCCCUAUCUCGAUCGAUGCAUGCGUACCAGGGUACAGAGUCCUACGAUGCUUCGAUUCCAGCACGGCUACUGGUCGGUUACUCUGCGUACACGCUGGAGCCAGUUCUUGCAAGGGCGGCUAUUAAGCAUCACAUAUACUCGAAUGCCGACGAUCUCGCUGGUUUGGAACUCGAAGUUCCUUCUGAAGGGACUCUCUCCCAAUCCGAGGUCAUUUUCCAUCAUGCUCUCACCGUACCUGGAAAUCUUCGCGCAGUGAAGCACCUUUUGAUUGGGGAGGACUGGAGGAAGGCAUUUGCUGAUGGAGACCUCACUGCCGAGCAAGCGAAGUGUCUGGCCUUUCAGUCCGCUCAAUCCCUUCACACUGGACAAACGCCGAUCGUCGUUGCUUCUAUUCAGCCACCAACAACUAUGCAAGUCCCUCACCAGAUUUCGCCCUCUCUUGAACAAUGCGUCGACUCUGGUCGGCUCCAUGGGCCCAAAAAUCGCCGCUAUCGAGAAAUCCUUCCUUCCAUUGCGCAGCAUCACUACAUCGACUGUAAGCCUGCGACAUUUCUUUACCGCGCUCCUUACGUUUCCAAUAUGAGAUACCCAGCCAGACUUUACUCGGAUCUGGCUGCUUUCGCCAAAGCUCAUCCUAAAGACAAGUUCAACGCUACAGCCAUGCUCUUCGCUAUUGAGCUCUGGGUUACUAUCUCUGAGUGCCCCACCAAGCGUAGAGAACCACAUGCUAAAGAGCCAGUUCCUGAAGUUUCUCUGCCCGUCUUCCUGGUUUACUUUGAGCACUGGUUGAAGAUUCAUGAGCACCUUCAGUGUAUUGCGUUUGCUCACCCUUUUCGCAUCAUACAGCUCAUGUAUAUCAACGAUAUCCUGACAGAGGGUGGUAGCGCAUUUCUCAUUGAUGAGUCCGCUAUUGAUUCUGACCGAGUGCGCGAUCUUAUAUACGAGGCUGAGUCGAUUGAUCCCAACAUUAUCGUGGACGAACGCGUGGAUAUUUUCCCAUUCAUGGUCAAUGGUACCAAGAUGGUUCUCCCCCAAGACUACUCCGGCACGUUUCGUCUAUCUCCGACUGAACAGGCGUUGCUUGGGAUGCCCGAUCUACGAAUCCUGAGCCACCCAUCACUACCGACCACGGACGACGUAGAGAUCAAAAUCGCCAUCCCCGAAGCUAUUGCCCAGAUCACCUUUUGCAAACGAACCACGAGCGACUUCCCCUACACAAACUACUUCUUCGAUACGACCAAGGAUGGUCCGACAUCUCUGUUCGGAAGUAACCUGAAGUGCGGCACUAUCUGGACACACGAGUUCCAGAUGUAUACACAACCAUCAGAUCUUCCGAUCGAAGCAUACUUCAAGGUAAACAUGUUUGACAGGUGGUCUCAAAUUCUCAAUCGGCGCAUGGCUUGGCUUGAGACGCUUGGUGUGCUAGGCAAAGUUCGAGUUCGGGUUGGUAAAGAUGGUUUACCUGGCUAUCAUGGCAUGCCAUCGGAGGACGAAAGCCGCAGCAUUGAUGAUGCAACUAUGGAAAAGAUGGCAGAGCGCGCUCUGGAGGAUCCGAGGAAUAGGCUUAUCGAUGAAGCCAAAGGAUAUGAGGGAUGGUGCCUCGAAUCGAGCGGUUCUUCAGACGAUCAGUGA